AUGCAUAAGUUCUUCCCGCGCAGCGGCUUCUUCGACUUCGAAACGGUCCGCAUCCUGGGCACGGCGUGCUACGGCGGUGCUGACGUGGCCGAGGUGCUCGAGGCCGUGGGCGAGAUCAAGUCCGACGACGCGGCAUCCUGGGAGGAGGCUUGGCGCAGGCAGUCGUGGUGGGCCGAGGCGCUCGCCGACCAGGCGCGCGAGGGCGGCGACCGCGAGGCCGCGCGGAGGGCCUACUUGCGCGCCUCCAACUACGCCCGCGCCAGCGGCUACAUGUACGUGUCGGACCUGGGCGCCGAGGGUGGCAACGCGCCCCCGACGCAGGACCCGCGUGCGCUGCCCGUGGCCGAGAAGGUCGGCAGGCUGUUCCGCAAGGCCCUGGCACUGAUGGAGGGCGAGGUGCGCGCGCUGUCGAUUCCGUGCGGCGCGCAGGCCCUCCCCGGACUGCUGUACCUGCCUCCGCCCGGAAAACGCAUCCCGGGGCGCGACAAGAUCCCCGUCCUCGUCUUCCUGGGCGGUGCCGAUUCGUGCCAGGAGGAGCUGUACUACCUCUACCCUGCUGCGGGACCGGGGCUGGGAUAUGCCGUGCUCACCUUUGACGGGCCGGGCCAGGGCAUCGUGCUGAGGAAGCACGGGCUGCGGGUGCGUCCCGACUGGGAGGUUGUUACCAGUUCUGUUCUCGACUAUCUCGAGGCAUACAGUGCGCAGCACCCCGGCUUGGAGCUCGACAUGAAGGCCAUUGCCGUAUCCGGUGCCUCCAUGGGUGGUUACUAUGCGCUGCGAUCUGCGGUCGACCGGAGGGUGAAAGCUUGUGUUUCCAUUGACCCUUUUUACGACAUGUGGGACUUUGGCACCGCCCACGUAUCCCCGCUCUUCAUCUCGGCCUGGACUUCGGGCAUCAUCAGCUCCGGCUUCGUAGACAAGCUCAUGACCGUCGUGUCCCGGCUCUGGUUUCAGAUGAAGUGGGAAAUAGCCUUGACCGGAACCUUGUUUGGCCUGUCAUCGCCGUCCCAGAUACUGCUCAAUAUGAAGAACUAUACCCUGAGCGGAAAGAGCGACGGCAGCCGUGCCAACGGCAAGAAGAGCCACUCCCCCACGGACGGCGGCGGCGUGGAAAGCGACAGCUUCCUUUCCGAGGUGCGAUGUCCCGUCUUCCUCUCGGGUGCCGGCAAGUCGCUCUACCUGGACGUAGACAGCCACACGCGGCGCUGCUACGACGGGCUCACGGGCGUGGCAGCCAAGGACAAGGAGCUCUGGGUGCCCGAGAGCGAGGGCCAGGGCAGCCUGCAGGCAAAAAUGGGCGCCUUGGCCCUGUGCAACCAGAAGACCUUCCAAUUCCUGGACAAGGUUCUGGGCGUGCAGAGGGUGCCGCUGGAUGUUUCAGCACACAUUUAG